AUGACAGGAAGAAAUCAAACUGUCCUCUCAGAGUUCCUCCUGCUGGGCCUGCCCAUCAGGCCAGAGCAGGCUGACCUGCUCUAUGCCGUGUUCCUGGCCAUGUAUGUUACCACCGUCCUGGGGAACCUCCUCAUCAUCAUCCUCAUCCGCCUGGACUCCCACCUCCACAUGCCUAUGUAUUUCUUUCUCAGCAAUUUGUCCUUCUCUGACCUCUGUUUUUCCUCGGUCACGAUGCCCACUUUCCUGCACAACAUGCAGAGCCAGGUCCCAUCCAUCCCCUAUGCUGCCUGCCUGACCCAAUUGUACUUCUUCCUGCUUUUUGGAGACCUGGAGAGCUUCCUCCUCGUGGCCAUGGCCUAUGACCGCUAUGUGGCCAUCUGCUUCCCCCUGCACUACACCUCCAUCAUGAGCCCCAGGCUCUGUCUGUCCCUGGUGGGGCUGUGCUGGGUGCUGACCACGUUCCAUGCCAUGUUACACACCCUGCUCAUGGCCAGAGUGCGUUUUUGUGGAAACAAGGUGAUCCCCCACUUUUUCUGUGAUAUGUCUGCUCUGCUGAAGCUGGCCUGCUCUGACACUCGAGUCAAUGAGCUGGUGAUAUUUACCAUAGGAGGCCUCCUCCUCGUCAUGCCGUUCCUACUCAUUAUCCUGUCCUAUGCACGAAUUGUGUCCUCCAUCCUCAAGGUCCCUUCUGCUCGGGGCAUCCACAAGGCCUUCUCCACCUGUGGCUCCCACGUCUCUGUGGUGUCUCUGUUUUAUGGGACAGUUAUUGGUCUCUAUUUAUGCCCAUCUGCUGACAAUUCUACUGCCCAGGAGACUGUCAUGGCUGUGAUGUACACAGUGGUGACACCCAUGCUGAACCCCUUCAUCUACAGCCUGAGGAACAGAGACAUGAAGGGAGCCCUGAGCAGUCUUUUUCAAAAAGAAAAUUCCCUUUUCUGUGUGAUGGCAAAGCUUGGGAUUUUUACACAUUUGUAUCCAGUAGAUGUGUUAAUAUGGAAUAUUAUUCCAAAUUUUUUAUUUCACCAUUGA